AGCCGCGGGGCGGAGGCACGGCCCCUCUGCGGCCGGGGCGGUGCCGCCGGUGGCAGCAACGGCUGCCCCGGAUCCAGUCCCUGCCGCGGCUUCCUGCUUCCGCCCCGCCUCACCAUAGAGAUGACAGGCGCGGCGUGGGCCGCGGGGCCUGCCGGGAAGGGAGCGGCGUGCGUGGGCCUCGUAGCUCAGCCGGCCGGCGGCGGUCCCAGCCUGAGGGAGCGCGCGGGCCGUCGCCAUGUCGGGGGGGAGCAGCGCCGGCGAGUGGUGCCUCAUGGAGAGCGACCCGGGCGUCUUCACGGAGCUCAUCAAGGGCUUCGGUUGUAGAGGAGCACAAGUUGAAGAAAUAUGGAGUUUGGAACCGGAGAACUUUGAAAAAUUGAAGCCAGUACAUGGCCUGAUUUUCCUCUUCAAAUGGCAGCCUGGAGAGGAACCAGCAGGUUCUGUUGUUCAGGAUUCCAGACUGGAUACAAUAUUUUUUGCUAAACAGGUAAUUAAUAAUGCUUGUGCUACUCAAGCCAUAGUAAGUGUGCUAUUAAAUUGCUCUCAUCAAGAUAUCCAUCUGGGAGAGACUUUGUCAGAAUUUAAAGAAUUUUCACAAAGUUUUGAUGCUGCGAUGAAAGGUUUGGCACUAAGCAAUUCAGAAGUGAUUCGGCAAGUUCACAACAGUUUUGCCAGACAACAGAUGUUUGAAUUUGAUGCAAAGUCUUCAGCAAAAGAAGAAGACGCAUUUCACUUUGUAAGCUAUGUUCCUGUUAAUGGACGGCUAUAUGAACUAGAUGGCUUAAGGGAAGGGCCAAUUGAUUUAGGUGCAUGCAAUCAAGAUGACUGGAUAAGUGCUGUACGGCCUGUCAUAGAGAAACGUAUACAAAAAUACAGUGAAGGUGAGAUAAGGUUUAACUUGAUGGCUAUUGUAUCUGACAGAAAGAUGAUAUAUGAGCAGAGGAUUGCGGAAUUACAGCAGCAACUUGCAGAGGAGGAGCCCAUGGAUACAGAUCAUAGUAGUAAUAUGUUAAGUUCUAUACAAUCAGAAGUUGCAAAGUACCAGAUGUUAAUUGAAGAAGAGAACCAAAAAUUAAAAAGAUAUAAGAUUGAAAACAUUAGAAGAAAACAUAACUACCUGCCUUUCAUCAUGGAAUUAUUAAAGACUCUAGCAGAGCACCAACAGUUAAUACCAUUAGUAGAAAAAGCAAAAGAAAAACAGAAUGCCAAGAAAGUUCAGGAGGCCAAGUGAAGAUGAGUUUGAAAAAUACAUACAAUUAUGUGCUUCUGAAACUAUUUUCAUGACAACAAAUAAAACUUUUCAUAAACUUUAAAUUUUGUCCAGCGCACGUUUGACAAUUGUAACAGUUUGUCUUGUACUGUAUGCACGGGUCUAAUUUUCUUCCUUCCCCUGCAUCUUGUGCAUGUAGUACUGCUAAAUAAUGUUUAGGUUCUCUUGGUCACGUUCAGUAUUUAACAGUCUGUCUGAUUUCUGAAAGUUUUGGAAGUGGACCUAAAAAUGUACAAGGGAAAUGUACCCAUUUUGUCCCACUUGAAUAUGAUAAUGAUACAAAUGCCAGAGUUUAAGUAUAAGCAUGAGCUUUCUUUGCUCGUCUUUACUAACAAUUAUAUUAUUAUUCAAUUGUUCAGUGACAUACCCUGUGUCUUUGUUUUUAUGAAGUAUGUGUCUAAUUUUUUUACAAAAUCGGAAAGAAUGAAUUUAGCUGUAGAAACAUUUGCAAAGACAGAUGUAUAAUCUCAAAAGAUCUGCAUUGCUUUAGUAGAAAAUAUAAUAAAUAUUCCCAUUUUUAUUUUGGCAAA